GCAGGGAGACCCUUUUACCAUUAGCCAAAAUUAAACUACACUUCCAGUGUAUUUGCAAUCUCAAGGUGAAUCAAGAGGAGGGGCCAACUCUAUCUUUAAGUAAACAGCAGUCAAGGGGCAAAGCCCACUCAACCUUGGGGACAUGGGAGUGAGUGUGUGCCAAAGUUUAAAUCUUUCUGCUAAAGUUCAAACAAAAUUUAUUUCCCUGGAAGGACUGUUUGGAUUUUACAGGAGUGACUCCGUUGUGGAAUCUAAAGAAACUAUUGGGUAAAACUCUGAUUUGGAAAGGCCUCUGGCUCCAAAUUGAUUGGCCCCUGUCAGGAAAAAAAAGUCUAGUCAGUGGUAGAGGCAGCUGAUGGAGAACUUCAGGAAAAUAGACCCCCAACUUCAGCCAAACUUGGAAGAUCUCAAGUAGGAAGCCCUGUCAUUUGAAGCAUGUUGCCAGGAAGACAAGCAGAGAUUGCUGAGGCUUAAACAAGAAACAGUGACCCACUUCCCAGCUGGUGUCUGAAAGACGGGCAACUAUAAAUCUCCAAAGAAACCCAUUGGGUGACUAUCGGCAACUCACACCCUCUCCACCUCAGAAGAAGGCAAACUCUCUCUGAACGAAUUUUGCCAAGAAAACCCGCUCAGGAUGCAGCUGUUGCUCUGCAUUCUCCUAAUUCCCUUAAUUGCCUCUGAACAAGGGAACUCUGGUGUGAACGUCACUCUUAGAAUUCUGAGCAGAACUGUGGAAAAACUCCCACCAGUGAUACCAGUCCCAGAAAAAGGAGGAAACCAAGCAACACGGUACUCAAAAAAAAAUAAACGACAGGACACUUUGGGCAAUGAGGCAUUUCAGGGCACAAGCCUGAAGUGGGUGCCAUUUCAAGGAAAUAUCUCCCAAGAGGCUGUCUCACUGUGGAAUGACUAUGCCCAGAGGACAGAGUAUAUUUGCGCUACUGAAGUUUGUCGAGUUGGAUUCUACAGUCCGAAGGAGGGCUUGUCCUGUUUCUACACUUUUGAAGGGAAACAGAAUCAAAGCGCCAGGUUCUGGCUUUUAGUGAAUGAAAAUACACUAGAACUGUUGGAAUGGCAAAGCGGAUAUGCCGGGAGUGUUCCCUCUAAUGCUAUAGGUACUUGCUCAGGAGAUAGAUUUUAUGUUGGCAAAAAUAAAUAUGGCCUUGGGGAGGUUGACCGACAGAAUGGAGUUUUCUUUAUACCAAUGGAUGGCUCAGGGUUUUGGUACAAAUCCUACAAAAUCCUCACCAUUAAUAAAGACUACACAUCUCAGCACAUUUACGACGUCAAAUACUUUACGGAGAGUGGAGUGUAUGGAAACAAGACUGUGACCUUAAAAACCAGCAAAGUCAGAAACUACGACUGUAAAGUAGUCAAGAAAAAAGCUUCCUUGUCCAAAGAAGUAGAUCACGAACAUCAUUGGGAUUUUAGCCAUUCUUUGUCACUUACCAAGGGUUAUGCUCUAACUGCAGGAAUUCCUAGAAUCAUAGGUGGGUGUUGGUCUAUUUCUACAGAAAGACAUGUUACCCAGUUUGAAGGUUCUUCAGAGACGGAGAGGGAGAUACAUACAGUAGAUGUGGAAUUGGAAGUCCAGCCCAAUCACGAGUGCAAAGUAGAAAUGGAAGGUAUUCAAAUGAAAUCAGAGAUUCCCUUCAGCGCCUCAGUGAUUCGCUACUACAAAAAUGGGAUGCGCCAGAGAGGCACCAUACAAGGAAUCAGCAGAAAUCUGGUUGUGGAAGAAAUCAAUACCAUUAUAAAGCGAUGUCGACCCAUCCCUAAUGCAGAGCCCUGUGAUGAUUAUGACUAGUUAAAGAGGAGCCAAGUUUGUCUGCAUUAGAUAGGAAAAACUAAAGAAAGGUCCAAGUUGAUUUAAUUCUGCAGGGCUGGUCCUUGUGUGUGGAUUUCACUUUUGCAGAUAUGAUUAUUCAGGGAUUUUAAUAAUACGUUGUCUCUAGGAACCUUUAGAUCAGUGGUUCUCAACCUGGGGUCCCCAGAUGUUUUUGCCCUUCAACUCCCAGAAUUCCUAACAGCUCGUAAACUGGCUGGGAUUUCUGGAAGUCGUAGGCCAAAACACCUGAGGACCCACAGGUUGAGAACCACUGCUCUAGAUCCGCUGUUGUGACUCUGUGGCCAACUUCCAUCAUAGAGUUAGCUGUGCUCAUGGACUAGAACUUCCUAAAUAUUAUACUUCACUAGACAUUAGUUAGUCCUUCACCAUGAUGUUAUAGAAGGGGUCUGGCAGAGGUUGACCAUAGGAUUGUG